AUGCGGUCCAUUCUUGUGACAGUACUUUUCUUUCUCUCCUUUAUCUUCUGUUGUACCGCGUUCUGCUUCAGUUACGAACGGACGCCAUUACAACACGGGGCACAAGCACCAAAACACCACUGUAAUUUAAACGGCGUGGGAUUAGCGGCAGGAGAAACCUACACAAACACUACCAGCUGUCUUAAGUGUCACUGUGCGGAGAAUCACUAUGUUUUCUGCUGCUCAAUGAUAUCUAGUUACGUGUUGCCAGAAGGUUGUGUUGUCAUAACCAAGGACUGUGUACAGGAGAUUGUGUACGAAUCAGAUGGAUCUCAAUGUCAGCCAUUGGCGGCUGUAGGGAAGUGACGUCACAGAAUGAAACUGACAUCACUUGAUGGCACAAAGUCUAUAGAUAAAUAGUUUUGA